UGGCCCGGAUGAUGAAGAAACCAACCUCCUUGCCCAUGAGAAAUUGAUGGCUUGUCAAGAUGGAGAUUAAUCAUUUGUAUUUGAGAGCAGCAGAACUGAGGGCCAGUUACUUCUCAAGAGUUUUUUAAACUAAUCACAUAAACUCCUGUCCCAUUGCUCUCAUCCCCCAUCUUACCUUCAAACUUGUCUCACCUAUGGCAUUCAGGAGGCAAGUGAAAAACUUCGUGAAAAAUUACUCAGAUGCUGAAAUAAAAGUCAGAGAAGCAACUUCUAAUGACCCUUGGGGUCCUUCUAGUUCUCUGAUGUUAGAUAUCAGUGACCUGACUUUCAACACGAUUUCUCUCUCAGAAAUUAUGAAUAUGCUAUGGCAGAGACUCAAAGACCAUGGGAAAAACUGGCGCCAUGUGUAUAAGUCCCUUACACUAAUGGAUUAUCUCAUCAAGAAUGGAUCAAAGAAAGUUAUUCAGCAUUGCAGAGAAGGGUUCUGUAACCUUCAGACUCUAAAAGAUUUUCAACACAUAGAUGAAGCUGGAAAAGACCAAGGUUAUUAUAUCCGGGAAAAGUCUAAGCAAGUCAUAACAUUGCUGAUGGAUGAGCAAUUACUGCAUAAAGAGAGGGAAGUAGCAUGUCGGACAAGACAGCGUACCUGCUACUCUAUGACAUUUCCUAAAAGAUUACCUGGUACAGGUAACUCACCAACAGCAUGUGCUUCUGCCCCCACACCAGAAAUUCCUGCUUCAGAGAAGAAGCAUAAGCUUCUUAAGGUCUCAAGGCUACGUAAUAAAAAAAAUGCUUCCAAGGCAGGAUUGAAACAAGAGCAGUGCCAAGACGUUCAGUUGCCUAGUGAAACUGUGUUGUCCCAGGAAACACUACCAUUCAAGAUUAAUGCUUGGAAAUCAAUGGAGGACCUGAUGUUAUUUUGUGAGGAGGAUUCACAGCCGCUUUUGCCGACAGUUCCCCCUGCUGUUAUCUCUCCAACUACAUGGCUGUCAGAAGGGCAAGCAGACGUUUGUAAUCUCUGGGAUGCAGUUCUUAUUUGUUAUUUUAUGGAUGCUGUGCCUCCUCCCUCCUUUUUUCUCUCAGAAAAAAGCCCAUCUCUGCAGACAAAUGCGAGUUUCGACAAGAAAUCAGACAGUACCAUUACAAAUACUGUAAUGGAAGACCCUUUGCAAACGCCUCUAGCAAAACAGUCAGCUGCAAAAAGUUUUGAAACAUUGACAACUUUACCAGCGUUUUGGCCAUCAAAUCAAGAAGAGUUGAUCAGCCCUAAUUUAAGGCUAUCAAAGUCAGAUUCUACCUUCUAUAACCAGGGCUCUGUAGAGACACUCUAUGUCUCUCCCUCAUUCAAAACAUUUGACCCAGUGAAGGAGAUGGCCAUCAAUAAGGACGAUCAGAAACCAACACAGUCCAGCGCCGUUCAGAUGGAGGAGGAAAGCCUCAAGACCUUAACCACAUGGGUUUCAACGACCUCUGAGAGAACAUCCUCUUUUUCUGCUUUAUCCUUGUCAUCUCCUGGUUCAGCCUCACCAGAGAAAUCAGUUCAUCUCUUACCCCCGAUUUUGGCCGAACCUUCCUUCUGGACUUUGUCCCAUCAACAAUCUUCUUCUGCCUCCUUUAAAGAUAAAGAUAAGACAGCCAGGGCUCAUCACCCCUUUGCUCCUAGGGGCCCAGUGUCUUCUGAUGAAGAAGAAAACGACAACCUCAAUAUACUGGAAAUUCUUCCAGAUAACUCUGAUUCUGCACAAAAGAAGACAAGUCUUAUUUCCAGCAAUAAUUGGGUAGAGUUUUCCACCCAAAAUGUAGGCCACUUCACCUCUGUGUCCUAUUCUGGUUUUCAGACAACCGAAGGCCUGCCUAGGGAGCCUGAAGCAAACAAUUCCAUUGAAGUUCUUCUAGGGGAGGUAAAAAAUGCGAUAGUCAAAUUACACGAAGAUCUGGGCAUGGUGUUACAAGAACUUAACGCCAUCAAUAGCCAUCUGGUAAGCAUAAAUGAGACUAGUCCUCAAAUAAGCAAGUCUUUGCAGGUUCCCCAGUCUUCUGAGGGGAACUCAGAUCCAAUGUAAUCAUCUCAAUAGCUAUUUUUGAUAGAACUCAUGAGAUUCCACUUCCCAAAGACUAAGAAGUUAACCUUGUAUAGAUCCUCAUUACUGUGGCAAAAAUACGGUGAUGGUUUGAUUUUUUCCUUGUCAGGUUUAUUAACAAGUACCUUUCAAACCAAUAAAUUCAUUUGGGUAGUUUAUUUUUUAAAGAGAAAAAGUCUCCCCUUUGAUAAUAUCUUCAUAUUUAGAUAUUAGUUCAUUUGAAACUGAAGAGAAUUUAUUUUUUCAUUCUCUGUACUUUACCUCAAAGUAUGUUAAACAUUAGUGAAAUUUGUGGUAAGACCUCAAACUGCAAGUGACUAUUCUAGAGUUUUUGGAUAAGUAGGCAGUAAAAAGCCCUUUAUUUUUCAACUCUAUGGAGCUUCAUUGUUAAGAAGCCUUUGCCUUGACUGAGAUGGGGUGAGUCUGGGGUAUACAUGUCACAUGUUCUCAUGUCAAGUUUCAGGUUCUGCAAACCAAGGGCCAGAAAUCUUCUUUCUCUUCUUGUGGAUGCCACAGCUGGUUGGGAGUUAAGUUGAGACAAGUAGGAUAUGAAACAGGUGUUUUUAUUGUUAAUGUAUAUUGCAAAGUGAAUUCAAAUGCAUACUCUUUUUUUCUUGUAUUUCAGAAAAUAAAUUUGAUAUUUUUCAUUGUA